UGUCACAGGUCUGCCUUCUCUUCUCACCAGGAGGAAGGGUUUCUCACCAUGGCUAUAACACAGUUUCGACUCUUUAAAAUCUGUACUUGCCUGGCAGCAGUGCUGUCUUUCAUUAAAAAGCUAAUAUGCAGGUCUGGAAGAGGGCGAAAGUUAAGUGGAGACCAAAUAACUUUGCCAACCACAGUGGAUUAUUCAUCUGUUCCGAAACAGCCUGAAGUAGAAGACUGGUCUUCAUGGGAUGAAGACGCACCUACCAGCGUGAAGAUUGAGGGUGGCAAUGGUAGUGUGGCUGCUCAGCAAAACCCUUUGGAACAAAUGGAACCUGAUUAUUUCAAAGACAUGACACCAACUAUAAGAAAAACUCAAAAAAUAGUUAUUAAAAAACGAGAGCCUUUAAAUUUUGGGAUUCCAGAGGGAAAUGCAGGAUUCUCUAGCAGAUUAGCAGCUACCCAAGAUAUUCCUUUUAUUCACCAGUCUCCUGAACUGGGAGACUUGGAUACUUGGCAAGAAAAUACUAACGCAUGGGAAGAAGAGGAAGAUGCUGCCUGGCAGGCAGAAGAAGUUCUUAGACAACAGAAGAUAGCAGAACGGGAAAAAAGAGCAGCAGAACAGCAACGAAAGAAAAUGGAGAAAGAGGCCCAAAGGCUAAUGAAAAAGGAACAAAACAAAAUUGGUGUAAAACUGUCUUAACAGAAAUGAGACAUCAAUGGCAGUGACAGUGAAAAUGAGAAUUUCAUCUCGACAGCAUACAUAUUGGUAUUGAUUUCAGUAUUUCUAGGACUUCAACACACUGCUUGGUUUCAGUGCAUUCUUCAGGUCAUCUCAGAAGCCAGGAUUCCCCCCAGAUACCUUGAACUACUAGUAGGUGGUUCUUAAAAGAGGAAAAAAUCCACAGAAAAUCAUGCCUUGAUGGAAUGGUGUUUCCUGCAAUAGUUUUAUUCCAGCACCCUUCUUUGCAGCAGAAGUGAUUGAGCAAGGAUGUUGAUUGAAAAACACUCUAAUGAACAGCUCAAGCCUAGAGAAAAGAAUGUAAAUGCUCAGUGGUGGGAAACCUACUGUAUUGUCUGU